AUGGAUGCAGACGAUGAACCGCGGAUCCUCAAGCGCACACGACCGAUCAAAGCGUGUCAGGCUUGCCGAGCGAAGAAGGUCAAGUGCAAUCUCAAGCCCGACGAGCCCGUGUGCGAACAGUGUGCAGCAUCGGGCAAGCCUUGUCUCUUCAGGAUAGAUGAUCUCGACCCAACGCUACGCCGCGAGAGGUUUGCGGCUUAUGGCCCGCCUGGCGAGAAUGCUAGGGUCAUAGGCUCCAAGAAGGCGCGGGUCUCGCGACCCAAAUCCUCUACUUCCAAUAACGACUCAGUCAGAGCUCCCCUUGAAGAUCCAUCCGUUUCAAGCUUCAGUAGGGCAAAGACCGAGGCGACAGAGGCCGAUGGGCUCAGCGGCUCGCCAGAGUCAGGCUCAGAUGACAAGUCGAGCGCUAAGCCGAAGUCCAAGGCUAAUUUCCGGAGCUGGGCGAACCCUACCAAUCUUGCAGCUCCUUCCACAGCUCCGCAGCGACAUACUAGGACAGUAUCGACGCUUGGUAAUGACGCAGUUGGAGCUAGCGCCAUUCCAGGCGUGCCCGAAUCAAGCCUUCAAAGCGGUCACUACAUGCAGCGCGCCAACAGGCUACCGACCGAAGCAUACCCCACUGGGACCCAUCCCGAGUGGUAUGGACAUGGAUCAUCUGGUUCCCUCCAGGCGCCCUCGGUGCUGGCAUCAAAUGCUGCGGCUCACCCUUCUUUGACAUCGCAUCACAGAAGCCAGUCACAUAGGCCGGCGAGCUCCGCAGGACCGGGACACUCUGCAUACACGGAUCACGUGGGCCUCCAGAUUUACGGCAACGAGCGAACAUCUCAUUCACGCUCUACGUCCCAGACCGGCGGGCAGAACAGCCAGUCAGGACCUUUGCAUCUCGGCGAAGGACUGCACCACCACCUACCUUCCUUCCGCUCUGCCUUUUCUGGUGUCGAGGGCAGCAGCUCCAAUCCAAAGCUUGUUGGCCCACCUUUGGGCCAUGGCUUCGAAGCGCAGCGUCGCGGCUCCCUUGCGGAGCGCGAAGUGGACCCUGCUGGCGUCCAUCACAGGAGCUGGUCCUUUGAUCGAGGAAGUGACACUAUGCAUGGCCUGAAUGCUUCGAGCCCGGGCAAUCGCUGGACAGCCUUCUCCAGCGCCCGUUCGCCCGCAAUUUCGGCCAACCCAAAUGCCCCAUCGCCCAUGUCAUGGGCGAUCAACACUUUCGGACCUGGAGCAACACCUGGAGGCGCCUACAGCCACGGGACACCUCCUUUCGUCAGGCACUCGCACUCGCCAAGCAACUCGGCAAUAGCGUCGUUGAGCGUACACAAUGCAGUCACGCACAGGCAAGCUGGACAGUCGCCUCGCAAUGCUUUUGAAACCAUUCAUUCGUCUGGCAAGCACGUGCAACUGCCUAGCCUGGUGACGGAUGCAAAGACGAGGAAUCGGGCAAGAACGCUUGACGUAUCGAGAAGCCCGCUGCCCUGUGCCCUUACUUCAGGCGCCGGAUCAGAACAGAAUGCCGGCAGGAAUCGCGCUGCGGAAGAAGGCGAGUCGAGCGAAGUCUCUCCUUCGGAAGCCAAGCCGCCCAUUUUCAGCAGACGCAUCGCCCUACCAUUCUUCAGAUGGUUUGGUGCGACUGCAAACACCCCGGGCAUGCGUCGGAUCAAAGUCGGUGUGUAUCACGAGUCGGAUAUCGAUGCGCCAGGUGAGAGCGCUGCGCCAACGCCUGCCAACAAGCUUGUUGGGCUGCCUCGGCUCUCGUCUGCCGACGAAGUGACGUCGGCACGAGAGGCAGCCCCCGCCAAUCCGGACGCUCGGGAUGCGAGCUCGGACAAGGCGUUUGCCGGCUCGCCGGCCAUGUCACCGCCUAUAGAUGCCGCGCGGUGGCAGAACGGGACGCAUACGCGGGAAGAAUCUCGUCAAUUGCCGAAUCACAUCGCGCCUGAAUCAACAGUUUCCGCCUCGGCUAGGCUACUGUUUGAAGCUGAUCGUCCCCGCUAUCCUCGCGGUGAUCUUUUGCACGGAGAGUUGAUACCUCUGUUCAUCAAGCACUUCAAAUGCAACUGCUUUCCCUGGCUCAAUGACGCGGAACUCACGUCACAGGCCCUCUCAGGAGAGUUGCCGGCUAUUUUGGCAAAUGCCAUUUGCGCCGUGGCUGCUCGCUUCUCCACCCGCCAAGAGCUUGUCAAUCGAGGAGCGCCGAAGUCGAGGGGUGAUGCUUUUGCGGAGAUGGCGAAGACACUGCUCAUUCCCAUGCUUUCGUGGCCAUCGAUUGACGUGGUGGAGACGCUCGUCAUUCUGAGCUACGCCGAAUUUGGUGCAGGAGCUGAUGCUGGCCUGUGGAUGUAUGUGGGCAUGGCACUGCGCAUGGCGACUGACCUCGGCCUUCAGUAUGAGGCGACGAUCGCCUCGAUGUCGACAGAGCGACAGCGCGACCGAGCUCGAUGGCUCUUCUGGAGUGUAGUCUGUUUGGACCGCAUCACGUGCUUCGGCACUGGUCGGCCGGUUACAAUUCGCGAGGACACCUUUGACUGCGAGAUGCCUAAGCUUUACGAUGAUCCCUCGUCUGACUUUUACGUUGCAGGGCACAUUGUGCGGACGCUGAUGCGGCGUGGGCGCAUCGGAGACCUUCUCAACAGACCUCCCACCCGCACAAAGGACGAAAGCAGUGCGCACGAAUUAGGACAGCGCCUCUCUGCGAUGUGGAUCGACCUUGUCGAGUAUCACGACUCCAUGCCCGCUGAUCUUCGCUUCUCUGUGCAGACUUUCCGGCGAGCAGCACAAGCUGGCCAAGGUUCUGCUUUCGUGUACUUGCAUGUCCUGCUGCAGUCCACCAUGAGCUUGCUCAAUCGCCCGAGCUUGAUGCGCCGCUUUGAAGGCAUCUCUCAGGCACCACCAACGAAGCUCAGCGCAAUCGCCCGACAUGCUGCUGAGACGAUCACUAGCAUGUUGCGUUUCGCCGACGACCAAGGCAGAAGCGUUGGCGAGUCGGAGCUGAGCUUCAAUCCCUACCUCGACACGAACCCAUAUCUCGAUCAGCUGAUUCUGCCGUGCGGCAGAGCCUUCCUAUCGGAGCGCGAGGACGUUAGAGAGGCUUUACGGCGUUUGGGCUGUGCGCAUGGGCAAGGGACCAACUCUCGGCCAGAAAGUCGGCAUGGGGAGCGUGCUGCCGAGAGCGAGGCAGCAUGGGGUCCUCUGCUUUCUAGCCGGCAGUACGCAGAAGCUCAUCUCAAGAGCUGCCAAAUGGUGCUCGACAGACUUGCAAUCUAUUGGGGGGGUGCUGCUUGGCCUGCUCGCGCGAUGGAACAAGAGUCUGCGGGCGGUAUCACGGACACUAUCGAUCCUGACGCGCGGGAUGAAGACGCUCAGCCUGCACCUGUGCGUGACCUUGAGAUGGUGCUCACCUGGGCGAGACGCAAGGCGCGGGUGAGACGCGCUCGAGCGGGAACGCGGACACCUGGAGCUUCACGAAGACCAUCCAUCGCGCCGGGUAGCGCAGCCGAUGCGGCGGGCCAGUCUGCUGAUCAGGACGGCGCCAUCGAUGUUAAUGCUGCAUUGUCGGGCCAAGGUGCCGAAGCAAGCGCUUUCGGUGAUAAUGGUACGACGGGAAGCCUGAGCCCUUUGGGUCUCGGCUUUGGAUUCUCGGGUACCAUUGCCGACGCUGCAGAUAUCGACUUGCAGGCGUUGAUUUCGGCUUGGGCUACAGAGCAGCCGAACAAUUUCGGGAUGGAGGCACACAACGCGAGCCAUGCUAGUGCUCACUAUCAACCGGCGCAAGACUGGAAUCCGGUUCCGCCCCUGACCGCCACUCAUGAUGGUGCGUACGCGCAGUAUACCGGUCACCACCCACACCACGGGGUUGCUUCGUCGAAUGACGCUGUCAAUUUUGGGCAAAAUGGAAUCGUCGGGGAUGUCAACGAUCUUGGUCUCUCCGCGAUUGAAGCUAUGCAGCUGGAGGAAUUGUUGUCGGCAGGCGCGCCUGGUGGCGAUGGAGAAGUUUUCCCGAUGGACCUCCUCUCGGAGGAUGUGUCACCAUCGCUGUACAACGAGAUGCCACCGGCAUUGUUCAACACGUUUCGACUCGGUGCGCCCUCGACGAUGGUGCCCUCUCAACGAGCAAACACGUACGAUGCCAAUGCGCAACGACAAUAUCAGCGACCCUCGUAG